UAGUGUCACUGUGAGUCUCAUCUCCAAAGGGCGGUGGAUUUGGUGGUGGAAGGGCUCCCAAUAACUGGAAAAAAUACACUGUCAACACCUGGCUUCAAGGAGGAGGAUGUGGGGAAACUACAGGCUGGUCAGCCUAACCUUAGCUUUGAGGAAGAUUGUGGAGCAGAUCCUCCUGACAGCUGUGUCCUGGCUCUUAUAAGGCAGGAAGGUGACUGGAAAUAGCCAGGACAGAUUAACCAAAGGCAAAUUAUGUCUGAUUGCCUUCUGUGACAGGAUGUAUGGCUCAGGGUCCUAAGUGAAUGUUACUUAUCUUGUCUUUAGUGGUCGUUGAGAACAUGACCCCAGACUCUUGGAGGCAUUGGGCAUGGGCUGUGGCAAGGGAAGUUCAAACCGUGCAUAAGGAGCAACUUCUGUACAGCAAGAGUGAUCACUGAACAGGUUCCUGAGAAAUGUCAGGGAAUCUUCAUCUUCAAGUCAGAUACUUUGGAGCAUCCUAACAUGGUGUGGGAAGUGAAGACAAAUCAAAUGCCUAAUGCAGUUCAGAAACUCCUCCUGGUAGUGGACAAGAGAACUUCAGGGAUGAAUGAGUCACUGGAGUUGCUGAAGUGUAAUGAAAACCUGCCCUCUUCUCCUGGAUAUGCAUCCUGUGAUGAACACAUGGAACUUGAUGAUCUUCCUGAACUACAGGCUGUGCAGACGGAUUCCACCCCACCUGCACUUUUUCAGCUUGGUGCCGAUGUUUCACAUCAGGAAUGUUCAAGGCCUUCAUGGAACCAACAUACCUCAAACAGCAAUUCAGAAAGUGCUUAUUCUUGUGAGAACGGGGUGAACUGGUUGACAGAAUUAGCAAAUAUAGCCACAAGUCCUCAGAGUCCUUUGAUGCAGUGCUCUUUUUAUAACAGAUCAUCUCCUGUUCACAUAAUAGCUACAAGCAAAAGUUUACAUUCCUAUGCACGUCCUCCACCAGGAUCCUCAAAGAAUGAUCCUAACUUCUCCAAGAAUGAUUUGGAUGAAACACCAGUCAGACAUGAAAGGGCGAAUAGUGAAUCAGAAUCUGGCAUUUUCUGCAUGUCAUCACUUUCAGAUGAUGAUGAUUUAGGAUGGUGCCAUUCCUGGCCCUCAACUGUUUGGCAUUGUUUUCUAAAAGGCUCUCGUUUGUGCUUUCAUAAAGGACGCAAUAAAGAAUGGCAGGAUGUUGAAGAUUUUGCAAGAUCUGAAGGCUGUGGAAAAGAGGAAAAUCUCCCAGCGAGUCCUUACAAGGGCUACGGUGCCGAUGGUUUGAAGUUGAUUUCUCAUGAAGAAAGCAUUUCCUUUGGUGAGUCAGUGCUGAAGUUGACUUUUGACCCUGGCACAGUGGAAGAUGGCUUGCUUACGGUAGAAUGCAGACUCGAUCAUCCUUUUUAUGUUAAAAAUAAAGGUUGGUCAUCUUUUUAUCCAAGCUUGACUGUGGUACAGCAUGGCAUUCCAUGCUGUGAAAUGCAUCUUGGAGAUCUGUGUCUACCUCCUGGACACCCUGAUGCCAUUAACUUUGAUGAUUCAGGUGUUUUUGAUACAUUUAAAAGUUACGAUUUUACCCCGAUGGAUUCCUCUGCAGUUUAUGUGCUAAGCAGCAUGGCUCGCCAGCGUCGCGCGUCUCUGUCUUGUGGAGGAUCAAACAAUCAAGAUGCUGAGAGAUCAGAAAGCAGUAGUAAAAACUGUGCACCUACUGCCUCAUCACAACUUUCCUCCAGUUCUUUGUACAGUAAAGCUGGCAAAAGCCACAGCUCAGGGACUGCAAGUACUGUGAGUGCCACUUCUCCAAACAAGUGCAAAAGACCAAUGAAUGCCUUCAUGCUUUUUGCCAAAAAAUACAGAGUUGAAUAUACUCAGAUGUAUCCAGGGAAAGACAACAGAGCCAUAAGCGUGAUACUCGGUGACAGGUGGAAGAAAAUGAAGAAUGAGGAAAGACGGAUGUACACGCUAGAAGCCAAGGCCUUGGCGGAAGAACAGAAACGUUUAAAUCCUGACUGUUGGAAACGAAAACGAACAAAUUCGGGCUCACAACAGCAUUGAGCCAGCAUUUCCCUGGUAGCUCUGUAUUUACAACGUGGCUGUUGCUUGAUGGCAAGAAGAUGCAAGAUCAAGGUCUUACUAGUUGUGACUUUCUACGACCAUAAAAUGCUGGCACCAUCGAGUCGGAAAUGAUUUAAUAUGAGUGCAGAUUUGCUUUUUACAAUAGAACAUUAAGUAAGCUAAAACUAUCAACAUUUAAACCAAAUUGCCUUAUUUUUCUUCCAAACUUCAUAUAUGUAUCAGGUAAUAUAGGCUUGAAAAUGGAUAUCCUGUGGUGCUAAAGUACUUUAGAAAGAGGCGAAGGAGACGUGUAUAAAUGUUUAUUUUUAAAAGAAAAUGUACAAAAAGGGGAAUUUUAAAAUAUGUAACAGCUGUUUAUAUACAUUGAUUCUUAUUGCUGAUUAAUAUGUAUUGCACAACCAUAUUAUUAAUUACGAUUCUGGGACCUGGGAUUUUCUGAAAUGGCAAAAUGUAUUAUCAGCCUGUAGCUUCCCAGCCUGCCCAGGUGCCAACCAGUUCCCGGACGUGUGGUAAGUGGAGAGCGUAGCGCGACGCAGCACCGGAGCCGGCCUGGGCUGCACCCACAACCCAGAUGUUCUCACACCAGCAGAGGAAACAUCAGCCCAGGCCAGGGUGAGACCGAUAAACAGCGUUGUCUCAAGAACAAUGGUGCUGUCGAUAUUGUCACCAUCGUAGUUUGAACUCCGUUUUACAGUCUUUGCCACAUAUUCUACAAUAUUUUAUUUUGCCAUAAGACAUCUUUAUGGUGGGGGCAAACUUUGCACUUAACUAUACGUGCAACACUUGCACUUUACUUUUUUUUUCCUCCGACUGUCUAAAAUUAGAGCAGCUGCGUUAGGAUUACAACUGCUUCUGCUGUGAACUUUUACAAUCAUGGCUUUCCAUGUACUAAACAGCUGUGUGUUUGUUUUUUAAGAAUCACAACUGUAAAUUUCAGUUUAUGACACGUGUCUACAUGAUGUUGCCCCUAAGAUUUUUGCACACUAUAUUCUUGUAUAUUAUUACAAAUAAAUUCAUUAAAAUUUGC